AUGGGGCUGUGCCUCCUGAUGCAGUUACACAACAUUUACAACAUGGGAGGAGCCCAUUCAGCUCACCGUGUGAAUGGCUGUAAAAGUGUUCACCUGCUUAACCUGCUCUUCAAGCUCUUUGUAGCUGUGAUGCUGCGCUCGCCAUUGGCGCGUUGUGGCGGGGGCGGGGCCCCGGUGGCAGUCGGUGCGGGUCGGCGGCGGGCGGAGGUACCGUCAGUCUGCGCUCCUGCAGCCGAGCUCUGCGGUCCCAGGCCUCUCGGUGGCCGCGUUGGGUCCGGACUGGUGUCGGUCAGUGGGCCCGCUGCACCUCAACCCUCGCCGGCAGCAGAACCGAGUCCCAGGAAUUUGACUGCCUGCUGUUUUCAGCUGCCACAUCCUCCAGUCAUGCCUGUCGAUUUUGCCAGGAGACUUUGCCUUAAUCACUCCCCUCCCCUUCGCAGUUUCUUGAACCACCAGGACUUCGGAGGAGUGAACCGAUCCAGACUGAAGCCACUGCGCUCGUGUCUGAAUCUUAGAAACACAGAAUGCCUGGACAAAGAGGAAUGGAAAACUUGCCCCCGCAGCAGCAUUGAGAAAAAGAAGGUAGUUUUUGCAGAUGCGAAGGGCUUCUCGCUCACCGCUGUUCGAAUGUUCUCAGAGUUGGAGGAUGAUUUGUCAGAUCUUCAGUUUGAGCUCUCUGACCUUGCUGACUGUGACCCACGACCUGUCAAGAAUGAGAAGUUAUCUCUAGACUUUCAUCUGCCCUCUGCAAAUUAUUUAAGCCUCCGUUCUCGUUUGCAAGAAAACUUUGUCUGCCUUGAAGACUGUGUGGUCCAAGAGAAGUUCAUUUCUGGAACAGUCAAAGUUAAGAACCUUGGCUAUGAGAAAAAGGUUAUGAUCAGGAUCACCUUUGACUCCUGGAAAAGCUUCCAAGACAUUGAAUGCAUUUACUUGAGCAAUGCAUAUGGCUUCAUGGAUGUAGACACAUUCUGCUUUCAGAUCCACCUGCCAGAAUGUCUCCAACCUCAUGAGAAGAUUGAGUUCUGUGUAUCUUUCAAAUGUGGCCAAGAUACUUUCUGGGACAACAAUAAUGAAGAGAACUAUAAAAUUACUGGUGGGGGCUGGCAGAAAGCUGGCCGAAAAACUCUCUAUGCAGAGGAUUCAUCUCAUUAUAACAUUCGGGGUAGAGCACAAGAAGUAGAUUUUGAACAGUUUGGCAGUCCCCGAUCAGCUGACGUGAUAUUCUCCCAGUGGCAGAGUUGGGGCAGAUUUGACAGUUGUGCCUAUUGGUGAAAACUUCUGGUCCCCAAAUAGGAAUCAGCUAGAUUAUUUUAAAAUGAUAAUUUAAGUUCAUGCCAGAUGUGUAUCCAGAUGAAUCGCAUCUUGAGGAUUGGUGGACAUUGCAUGAACAUUAAAUAUUAGGUGUUAAGAAUAUAACUGCUUUGCUCUGUUGCCAUUGACAAGACUUGAUCAGUCAUGACUCUGUUCUUCCUCAUCUUUCUGCCUGAUUUCUGAGGAAGUGACAGAGAAUGGCCAGUAUUUCCCCAACACGAUGAUGGGGCAAGUGUUUUGUAAUAAAUGUGCUGUUUCAAUUAGAAUAGCACAAUCCCUGAUGUUUUGACACUUCUACAGUAGUAAAUGUUUGAGCUGCUGUCAAUGAUUUACGAGAGCAAAGGUGGCAGUGCCUGAAUUUCGAAUUUCACAAAUCAAACUUGCACAUACAAGACACAUUUGUUAAUCUAUUUGUCACUUGUGUGCAUUGCUUUGUCCCUAACUUGUCAUGUACUAGGAUAAUUAUCCUUUGCUAAUAUUGCUGCACCUGUAAGCUGGGGAAGAACUGGGCUGACGCUUCAGUGAUUACUGCAACAUCGUAAGUUGAAAAUGGGUUAAGUUUGGGAAUCAGGAUCACUUUGUCAGUUCUAGUGACACAUUAAGCAGCAGUGGAUGGCUAUUGCGUAACUGGCUCCCAGUGAUGUUCACAGCCCUCUUUUGAUUGAACAAAGAGUGUUUUGAGUGCCUGCUUUGUUAAAUGUACAAAAAAAAACAGAUUUUAAAAAAUUCUAUUAACACUUCGGUUCUAAUUGCAAUGUAGUUUUCUUGCAGCCAAAACUGGAACUCAGACGCAUGUUCUGAGCAUCUUCAAAUCUUGCCUGUCUUUGCAGAAAAGAGCAAUGGAGGUGGCUUGGUCUUGAUGCCAGCGAAGAGGGUGAUACUCUUCGAAGGGCUGGAAGGAUCGGCAUUUUGCCUCUGUGGCUUGAACUGUGGCUAGUUCAGGGUGAUGAGGAAACCUGUUAAACUUCCCAGUUUAUUUAUACUUCCUGUGUUGCAGUUCUGAAAUUGUGUGGGUUUUUUUUGAAUUAUAAAACAAUGGCAAGAUUUUCACGUUUUAACACUUUUUGAAUAGUUUUAUUGAGUGCUUUGAUUUUCAUUGAGGCUACAGAGUAAAUGCUCAAACAAGAUUACCUCUUGACCUUCAGCUAUGCAAAAUAUAAAGUGAAGAAAUUGAUUAUUAUUGGGAGUAGUUAUUUUAUAAAUUGAGACUGCAAUUGCAAAAGCCUAUGCUGGGCAUUUAUAUGCAAUGUCAGCAGAGUUAUGGGAGAUUGAAGUGGCUACCUGGCCUCAUGAAGUAUGAAUCUUCUGUAGGAAUCUGUUAUCUUGCCUGGUUGCUGUUCACAAAAGAUUGUUCUGUACUUGAUCAUGAAGUUCUUCAUAUUGAAGAUUUAAUUCGUGUGGGGGAUAUUUUGGGUUGAAAGCUCAAAAUCUUUGCCAUUGGUAUUUCUGACUGCCCCCUGCCUCAAUUCAACCUUGUUAAUCCUUGAACACAGAAUCUGGCUAUCAUUCAGGGUAAUAUGGGGCUUGGCCAUACUGUCCAGGUGAUGACUGAGCAGUUGGUCUGGACCAGCACUGAAAGGGGACUCCCUGGAACCGUCCGCUCACCCACUGAAUAAGAGCCACUAUCAGUUGCUCAAACAGCCUUUGUGAGUAGUUCAGGGAGAGAAGCACAAGGUGCAAGUUGAAAGCUGCAGUAGGUUGUAGAUUGGGAUUGAUUUCAUGUGCAGUGUCAAUGUUGGCUGAUUUCCAUUGUUAUCUUAAAGAAAACCCUUUUUCUGGAUUUUGGCCUUUUACACCAGUUGAUGAGCCACUGGCAGAUUAAGAACCAAACAUUUUAAAACCGUUUAAACAGAUUAAUUGAAUGAGGUUUCUUUCGCAUGAACUUCCCUGAGAGCAGACGGGAAUGCUAAAGUCAGCACACUGGGAUGGGAAGUGACUCUGAGAUUCAGAGGAUGAAGUGAGGUGUGGCAAAGAGAUGCCCACAAAUGCCAUGAGGCCCAAUGAUCCCAGAAUCGCUUUGUUUUUUGUUCACUGGGUGAUAAUCAUUUGUGGGGAAAGUGCAGAAGGGAUGAAGAAACGUUUUGGGAAAGUGAAUAUUUCCAUCAAAGAAGAUUUGAAGUAACAACACUAAGGUGACUGUGACAUCUCCGGUGUUCCAGUACACUGCAGUAAGUAUUUGGUGGACACCCACAGAAAGAUUUCGAUGUAGAGUUGACUCAGUGGGGGGGGUGGGGAAGGAUGCUUCACUCACUCAAGGGGAGUUACUGAUUUUUGCAGAGUGUGCCAACUGAGAUUUGGUAGUGGUGUCUCACGGUGUGAAGCAAUGGUUAUUGUCAUCUGGUGGAUUCCCUGUGCGAGAUGAAAGGGAUAUCAGCUGUAAUGGGGGAUGCUUUUCUGUUCUAUAACUCUGCUGCCUGCCUGUUCUCAAGUAUGUGUUACAUUUGCAUUUGUUGUAGAUUAAUGCUACUUUGUAUGUUUAAAAAAAAAUAAAGUUUACAUGGAGUU